AUGCCACCACCAGUUCAAUCCACCCAACCACCUGGUCAGCAAUUACCAACACGAGAAAACAGUCAAUUUAAAAAACUCCUCCGUUUCUAUGAACAAAAGCAGUAUAAGAAAGGUUUAACAGCUGCCAGAGAAAUCUUGAAAAAGUUUCCCAAUCAUGGUGAAACAUUGGCUAUGAAAGGUUUGAUAUUGAACUCAAUGGGUAAAAAAGAGGAAGCUUUAGAAAAUAUUCGUAGCGGAAUUAAGAAUAAUAUUACUAGUCAUGUCGUUUGGCAUGUUUACGGUUUAUAUCAACGAUCGGAUCGUAAAUAUGAUGAAGCAAUCAAAGCUUACAAACGAGCUUUACAAUGUGAAAAGGAUAGCUUAACUAUUCUCCGUGAUUUAUCGCUAUUACAAAUUCAAAUGCGCGAUCUCGAAGGUUACAAAGAAACACGUCACCAAUUAUUCAAUCUAAAACCUGGUCAACGUCAGUCGUGGAUUGGCUUUGCUAUGUCUUACCACUUGUUGGGCGAUUAUGAUAUGGCACAAAGUGUACUCGAAGAAUUCCGAAAGACUCAACAGGAUCGUCCAGCACCAUCACCUGACAAGGCAUAUGAUAGCGAACAUUCGGAGUUUUUGCUAUACCAAAAUUCGGUUCUUCGCGAAAGUGGACAGUAUGAAGAGGCUUUACGCCAUAUACAAAUUCACGAGAAAGAUAUUUAUAACAAACUAACAAUAGCAGAAAUCAAAUAUGAUUUGUAUAUGCGAUUGAAUUCAAAUGAUCGUGCUGAAACAAUUCUGCGUGAUUUAAUUGAACGUAAUAAUGAAAAUAAGAAGUAUUAUUAUAUGUUGGAGAAAUGUUUACAUCUGACAAACACUGACGACAAGACGAAACUAUAUGAAAAUCUCAUGGAAAAAUAUCCGAAAGCAGAUGCGCCGAAGCAAAUUACUUUACAUUUUCUAACCGGUGAUCCAUUUGCCAAAGCUGUUGGAUCGUAUUUACAACGCGGAUUUCAAAAAGGUGUACCAUCAUUAUUUCAGUCCGUGAAAUUCUUAUACGCAGCAUCAGAAAAAGUUCAAAUCAUAGAUUCACUUCUACGCACUUACUACACCAAUCUAACUAAAUACGGAACAUUUGAAACGCCUGCAGAUAAAGCAAAUUGCGUAGAAGAAAGCGAACCAACAACAAGUCUCCUCUGGCUUCAAUACUAUCUGGCGCAACACUAUGAUUAUUUAGGUGAUAUUAAUAAAGCUUUUGAGUACAUCAACCAAGCUAUAUGUGAUACACCAACUUUGGUCGAACUCUACAUGUUUAAAGCGAAAAUUCACAAGCACGCGGGUGAUUUUCAAACGGCUGCUUCUUGGAUGGAUGAAGCUCAAUCACUUGACACAGCUGAUCGAUUUGUGAAUUGUAAAUGUACGAAAUAUUUACUACGUGCUAAUCGAAUAGAGACAGCACUGGAAAUCGCUGGCAAAUUCACUCGGGAAAAUUCUUCACCUGGCGAAUAUCUUCGUGAAAUGCAAUGCAUGUGGUUCGAGUUGGAAAUUGCGCGAGCUUAUCGUCGACUAAAAAAGUAUGGUGACGCAUUGAAGAAGUGUCACGAAAUCGAUCGACAUUUUCAAGAAUUUGUUGAUGAUCAAUUCGAUUUUCAUUCAUAUUGUCUGAGAAAAAUGGUACUCUGUGCUUAUGUUGACAUGCUCAAUUUAGAAGAUCACAUCAAAGGCCAUCGAUUCUUUCGUCAAGCUGCUGAAAUCGCUAUUGAAAUUUACAUUCGUCUGUACGAUCAUCCACCUUCGGAAGAAGACAACGACAACAAUGACAAUCUCGCCAAUAUGUCUGCCAGUGAAGCAAAGAAACUGAAGAAUAAAUUACGUAAACAAAAGAUGCGCGAAGAACAAGAAAAACAGAAACAAAUCGAAGCUGAACGGCGUAAGAAAGAAUCUCAACGGCAACGAAAUAAAGAAGAUGGCGAGGAAGAGAAAAUCAAAGAAGAUGAACUCGUUCCGGAAAAACUUGAACAUUGCGAAAAACCAUUGGAAGAAGCCAUGCGAUUCUUACAACCAUUGGAAGAUUUUUCGGGCAAUUCUCUGCAAACACAUUAUCUAGGUUUUGAAGUUUAUUAUCGUCGCAAGAAAUACUUAUUGAUGUUACGUUGCUUGAAACGAAUGAAAAAACUCGAUGAAAACAAUGCGAAAUUCCAUUCGUGUUUAAUGAAGUUCCUUAAACUAAUGGAAGAUGAACCGAUUGGUGAAGAACGUAUACGAAAAUUGAUUGAUGAGGAAUUGAACGAUUUCGGAGUUAAACAAGGAGAUUCGAUCAAGAAAGUCGAAGAACUUAACGCAGAUUUCGUUAAGAACCAUUCGAAUUCAUUACCUCAUCGUGCUGAAGCUGCGAAGAUCAUGCUUUUGAUCAGCCCAACGAACAGUCAAAAAGCAAUCGAAUACUUGACAACACUGGAUUCAAAAUUUGUCGAUCAAAACCUAAAAACGUGUUCAUCGAUCUAUGAAAGUAUGCAAUCAGGUGGUUAUGGCUCUAUUGACUCUUCAAUUGUUGAAAACUAUCGUCUUCAAUGUAAUCGUCUCUGGCCGCAAGCAAAUCUGUUUCAGCUGAAUCCGACAUCUACUUUUGAUCCAAACUUACAAUUAACUGGUGACAAUCAAGCUAACCUUAGUGAAAUGAAGCCGCCUAAAUAA